AUGUCGGUGCUUGGUCUUUGCAAGUUUGUGUCGUUACUCGCUUUUCUCAUUAACAGAGUGCAUGGUGAUAUUAAAUUAGAAUCGGAGAAUGGACAAUUGACUGGUAUUACAGGUGGUACGGAGACAAAAGGUCAUUCUGGUAAAGGUUACGUUAAAGAUUUCGAUAAUUCAAACAAUAAACUAACAUUUUUAUUUAAUCUUCCAUCGAAUACAACAUCAGUCAAUUUAUUUUAUGAAAUUAAAAUUCAAUACAAUUCACCAUUUGGUGAUAAAGGCUAUGAUUUGAAAAUUAAUACACAAGAUAUUGAUCAUAUUGUUAUUUAUUUGAAACAAGCACAAAAAACACAAGUACCCAUUCUUUUUCGACCAUUGCAUGAAGCACAAGGAAGAUGGUUCUGGUGGAGUGAGCAAGGUCCAAGUCAAACGAAAACAUUGUAUCGUUUAUUAUAUAAUCGACUGACACAUCAUCAUCAUUUAAAUAAUCUUCUAUGGAUGUGGACGACAGAGUCAAUAAAUUCUGCUCUAGAUUGGUAUCCGGGUGAUGAUUUAGUUGAUAUACUUGGUAUGGGUAUUUAUGAAGCACAAGGAGAACAUAAUUCACAUUUACUUUCAUUUUUUCAAAAUGUUAAAUAA